AGGUUGAACAGCAGACAGGUAGGGACGUCUUAUUGUACAUUUUUCACAGGAGAAGAACUGCAGCUUUGAUUUAGUCGGACACAUUUUGUAAGGACUCUUCACAGCGAAAGGAUUUGGCAUUAAAGAACUCUCUUCCUCUGUGCGUGCUGGUAAAUUAUUACUAGACUCGAGCUGCAUUUGCCUUUUUUACCUUUGCAUAUCCAACAUCCAUAAAUUUCUGAAAUGGCUUUUAGAGCGUUCACACUAGUACAAGUCUAUGAAAAGCAAGCAGCCUCAAAAGAGAGGGACAAAUCCAGCAUCCAGUGCCUUGAGUGCUAUGAUCGAAAUGUGUACAUAGGGACCAAAGACGCAACAGUCCAGCACCUAAUUCUUACCCGUGAUGCAAAUGGAGACCUGAGUCUCGGUCAGAGCAAAACCAGAGAAGGUAGGGCAAGAAAACUAGGCUCAAGCAACCCAGUAACCCAACUGAAGGCAGUCCCACUUUUCAACCAUCUGCUGGUCCUGUGGGACCGCUGCGUUACUGCCUUCAACAUGUUCUCCUUAGAGCCUGUUCCUGCUCUGAAGAAAAUCCAGCAUGUGUCUUUGUUUGAACUGUGCGACUCAUCGCUCACAGGCCAGGCGGCAUGUGUGGAGAUGGUGACGUCUUCCAGCCGCCGGAGAGUGAUCCGGAUUCAUGUGGUGGGAGUUGACAGGUGGGAGGUUGUAAAGGAAGUCCCUCUGCUCCAAGACCCUGUGGCCUUGGCAGUGGAUGGUACAAGUCUGUGCGUAGCCACCAGUGACAGGUAUCUCCUGUGUGAUAUUCGGACUGGGAGCACUGAGGAGCUUUUUCCUCACGAUCACAGCAGGCAGCAUGUCAUCGCCGCCUCGGUGGGUCGAGGGGAGUUCCUCCUGAACGGCCCCGGAUAUUUGGGCAUGUUUGUGAUGAAGACAGGGAUAUGCCAGCGCCCUCCCCUGCAGUGGCCUCAGGAGGUGCUGGCAGCCGGAGUAUGUUUCCCUUACAUCCUAACCCUGCAGCCCCAAAUGCUGUCUGUCUACAGCAUGUUAGAUCAGCAGCGCAAACAGACUGUGAGUCUCAGCGGAGCAAAGGGUCUGCUUUCCACAUCAGAUGGCGUGUUAGUGUUCACGGAGAGAGACGUCUUGAGCCUGAGCCUGGUGCCAUUGGAAGAGCAAAUCCAAGCACUUGUAGGACACGAGAGAGUGGAGGAGGCCUUAUUGCUGCUGGAUGGAGUUCAAAGCCGUCGUCCACUUGACUCUUACAAGGAGCUGCAGAAGGCCAUCACUUGCCUGGCUGGAUUUGUUCAUUUUUACCGGGAGGAUUUUUCUGAGGCCAGAGAUUUAUUCAUUAAAGGUGAGCUGGACCCCAGAGAAAUCAUCCGCCUCUACCCUGGCACGCAAUUGUGUCUCAGCGAGGACUUUCAAUCUCGUCUUGAUCAAGUCAACAAGGGCAGAGAUCUCCAGGUGCUCUGGCAGGAGGACAGAAACACAUUUCAUCAUUACCUGGCCUUCCUGGGAGACUUUCUGCGAGCAGUCAGUGAGACUGAACAAGGCCUGAAGUGCAGUAAGGAAGUGGACGGCGCCCUCCUGAGGCUGUAUGUUGAACUGGGAGACACUGAGAAUCUGCUGCAGCUUGUGGCUUCUCCUAAUGAGUGCAGCCUGGACCAGUGUGUUCCUGUCCUGGAGCAACACAACAGAUUUUUUGCAUUAGGUUACCUCUAUGCGAGCCAUGGAUUGCAAAAUGAUGCACUAAAGACUUGGAUGAAGAUUACAGACGGCUUCCAUACAGACCCUUCCUGCUCAGAUGUAUAUGGACACAUAGUGAUGACUCUCAGCCAGCUGAAAGACAAAGACUCUGUGUGGGCAUUUGCAGACUGGACUCUGCUGAGAAACCAGGAGAUAGGUGUGCAGAUUUUCACCAAGCGUCCACCGGAUGAUCGAUUAGAGACGCGAGACGUCAUCGCUCUCUUGGAGAAGCACCCCCUGGCAUUGCUUUUGUAUCUUGAGUUCUUAAUCCAUGAUUUGAAGAGCGAGGAGGAGAGGUAUCACAACCGUCUGGCCCUGACAUAUGUUAAUCAGAUGCUGCGAGAGGAAGAGGAAACAAAGUCAGAUGCGAGGGAGACCAGAGGGAAGUUGCAGCAGAUGCUAUGGGAAUCCAAAUUCUAUGACAUCUCCACUGUUUAUGAGAGAGUGAAGUCAACAACCCUGCACCCAGAGAAAGCCAUUCUCCUCGGUAGGGCCGGUGAACACUCCAAGGCACUGCAGCUGCUUGUUCAUCAGGAGAAAGACCUCCAGUCUGCAGAGGCCUACUGCUGCAGGGCGGCUCAGGGCCAAGGCUCACACUUCAGACAGGUCCUGCUGCUCACCCUGCUCCAAAUCUACCUGAGCUCCGAGGCUCUCACAGGCGCUGCCGUGGAUCUGCUCAACAACCACCCUCAGGCGUUUGCAUUAGAGAAGGUGUUCCAGCUCCUUCCUGAGUCCUGGUCUGUUCAACUGGUCUCCCAGUUUAUAGUUGGAUCUCUAAGGAAAACCUUCCACCAGAGGCAGAUGGCGAGGCUGCACAAAGCUUUGGCCCAGGCAGAGCUCUUAAGGCACAAGGUCAUUUGGAUGCAGGCUUCACAAACAAAGUUCCGAGUGGACAAGGAGCAGAAGUGUAGCGUUUGUCAGAGAAACCUCGCUGGGCCACACUUUGUCCGUAACCUUCAAGGUGAGCUGAUGCACACAAGCUGCACCAGCUACUCUGCAUUGUAAAGACAUAGACACACCAAUCCAUUGCCUAUUUUAUGCACAACUGUGUGUCACUGCACUCUUGAGAAUCAUAUUCAUUUUGGCUGGAUAAGUAUCUGCUUUGUACUUGACCGUUUUUCUAGAUUAGAUUGUGUCGUUCUCCCUAAAAGGACUCAGUUCAUGGACCUUGGAACACACACACAUUCUCUAAUUACAUUAGAGAAAAUACAUUGUGUAAAUAACUGGUUUCAAAAUGCAAAAGAGCAAGCAGUGCACUUUUUUUUCAGGGCAGCACGUCUGAGCCAUUUCCUCGAGAGACUGUAGACAGCAAUAGCAGUAGUGAACUGUGGAGGACACUCAUGCGUAUAUAUUCACUGAUCAGACAGCCAGCGGUGUUUUGUAUGGAAACCACGUGUGGUCAACCUGAUGACCAGACAGAAUUUGACCGUCCUCCAAUGCUGUAUAUAUACAUCCUCGCCAUCAUGGUUUCCACUGUGUAUAUUUGUCUGCAUAGAGCAGCAAAUAGAAAGUCAACAACUGCACGUGAGAGACUUUUAGACUGAACCCAUGCAUUAAUAUACAUUUAUGACCCCCCAAAAUAAAAAUCCCAAUUACAGGUUUAAAAUGAAACGCAAGCAAGUGGAGGAAGUGCAGAGUUUUGGGUCAUUUAUUUUAUAAGCUAAUUUUGCAAGCAACCACAUGACAUGUCCUGUGCUGUGUGUGGAAUAUGAAAUAAGAGGCAAUUUUGCCAACAUCAAGCCUGUAUCAUUAGGGAGCAUCAUAGACGUGGAUCCCAAAUAAUAACACACAAACUCCACCGUGUCCACAUGUACAGUGUGGAAAUCUUGCGAAUAACCUUGAACACAUAUCAUUAAGUCAGACAACGCCAUGAUGUAUUUGUCUAUUUCUGCUGUCAUUUUGUCAUUAAGGCUAACCAUAACUGGUCCUUUAUCCUGAUGCGUUUUGAGACAAGGGCUAAGGAGACGCCUAAAGAAGCUGGAACGGUAGCUUGUACAUUUGGCCGGACUGCUUGCAAGGUUUUUGGCUGGGGUUGAGUCACUAAUUGCAAUGUAGAUAAAUAUUGAAUAAAUACGUUGGAAGGGAUUUAGGCCUAUCUUUGUGUUAGUCCCUCGCCAAGAUUUCUUCAGUUUUUCUCUUCUAAUGAGGUCGUUGGGGGAGUUUUUCAUUCUUCUCACUGAGGACUUGAGAGUCGUGUGCAUUUAAUGUUCCACAAUCUUAUGAAACAGGAUUAAGGGACACACAAAGGAUACCCUUGACGUGAGCUUUAACUUGAAAUUUGUCACUUUGAGCGGAUAAAUUUAACCUCUGACUCAUAUGAGUAAACUGACUCACAAGACCCACAAAACCAUAUUUCCAGCUUUUUUGUGCUUUUAUGUGGUUGCAGGAAAAUUGCCGCAUCCACUCCUCCAUAUCUGCUCCUUGUAAUUCUGAUAAUCUGAGCAUUUAAUUUUAAUCUACUGUUAAGUCAUUUCAGGCGCUCCUGGGUGGACAGCUAAAUGGUAUCAGAGCAGGAAAAACACAAAGCAUCACCUCCUUAUUUAUACUCGUUUUAAGCUGUGAAGGAGGCUCUUACAGUUAAUAUUGACUUACUGCUGCUCUGUGACUGGCUGAUCUUUGGGCUGUGCCCGAUGACCGGUGACCACUGGGUGCUCCCUCAGCCAAGACUAUGUCCACUCCUUCCUUGUCACGACAUCCUCAGGAAGCGUUAAUGUUGUUUUGAACACUUGUGGUCAUGCUGCACCUCAAAAAUGCCUUUCUCACCUUUGAUGUUGACCAACGGCCGCAAGUAACCAAAAGGUAAAAAUAUACAGACACAAAUACAAAUACUGCUCGCACAAAUAAAGACUCCAGAAAAGACGGUUUGGUGCAUUUGAAUAAAAAUGUCUCGUGCGAUGCAGAAGAAGAUGAACAAGUUAAAUUUGGCAGUGUCUGUUGAUGUGUACGCCGUGACCUUGGAUGACAGCAGGGUGCUGAAGGGUUCUGCAGGGUGCUGGCCAGAUGGUCAUGCAUAUAAGGGGAGUGGACUGGGUGCAAAAAUCAACAGUUAUGGAGGAAAGUAUGGUGAGUAUCCAGACGUUGGUCUCCCAUUAUAAAUAUCCGUGCAGCCACAGAGUCAGCAGUCAGAGGGGAAAGUAGAACAUUUUCUUCCUGUGCUUUUCUAAAUUUAAGACAAAAAAUGUCUGCUGUCUGGCCUGUAGGAUGCAACUGUGUACAUGUUAACACAGUGUUGUUUUGAACUGACAAAGAAUAUUAUAGAAAUGGAUUAAUGUUUAGUUUUGGACCCUUUAAACCAUCUAAAAGCAUGGCAUGGUUGGAAACGGUUUUCUAUUUGGGGCCUCAGACUUUAUGGGGACUUGUAAUAUGUUCUAUAUACUGUAUGUGACUGAAUUUGUUUGUUAUAAAAUGGCAAAUGACAGUUUCUGAAAAAGAUGUCUGCACAGAUUUUCAUACCAUAUAUGUGCCAAAUCCCAAAAUAAGCUUGCAAGGUUUUUCAUUAUUGAAA